AUGUCGCCCUCACCGCAACUCUCCCCCCCCGGGAGCAGCACCUAUGACUCGAACACGAUGCAUGUGGGCGACGGGACUUGGGACGCAGGAAGAGAUGACUUCCUCCUGCCCAACCUCGUGGGACUGAACUUCGCGACAAUGAGAUACAAUGGAAUGGGGAAUCGCUUCUUCUCCCUGACCGGAUACCAUGGCCUGGUCGAAGCACACGGCAUCAUUGCCGCCAUCACAUUCCUCGGGAUCGUGCCGCUCGCGAUUUUCCUCAUGCGAUUCUACGGCCGCCAGCCCCGACUUGCCCUCCGAAUGCACAUAUGGCUCCAGAUCCUCACCCUCCUCUUGAGCACGGUCAUCAUCAUUCUCGGCUUUCAAGCGGUCGGUCCCAACAGGAGCUUGACCAAUCCACACCAUGGGAUCGGUGUCGCAAUUUAUGUCUUGGUCUGGGUGCAAGUCCUGGGAGGCUGCAUGGUGCACCGACGAGAAAAAGGGAGGAAGCGACCACACAUUCCUCUCAGCGCCAUGCUCCAUCACUGGAUGGGCCGGGCUAUUGCUCUGCUCGGCAUCGUCCAGGUUGCACUGGGUCUGACGCUCUACGGAUCGCCCCCCUACUUGUUUGUCCUCUAUUCGCUCUGGGGCUUUUUCCUGCUUUUCCUGUAUUUUGUCUUGCAAUACUUGGCCGAGAGAAGACGAGGUCGCUACGGGCCCGGCGGCGGGAGCAAUCAUCAUGUCGAUGUGGUUGAGACGGAUGAUGACCGCAGACACACUGGGUUGGGGAAACUGGCCCUGGCUGGAGCAGCGGGCGCGGGUCUCGCGGCGUUGUUCAGGAGACGGUCGUCGAGGAGGGACGACUCGCCUCACCGCGUGCAUGGAGGUUCUGGCACCGAAGUGACCGGAAGUGGAUCGUCUUAUUACUACGACGAUAAAAUGUCUGACCGGUCUCGCCAUGGCAUCGGACAUCGCCUUCUGCAAGUCGCCGCCAUCGGAGGAGCUGUCGCUGCGGUAAAGAAGCUGAUGGGCCGGAGAGACCGCGAUGACGACUCGGACGUGGGCCCUUACAGACCACCUCUCGGUGGCAACCAGUCGGUCACGACAGACUCGAUGUCGCGAAUCGAAGAAGGCAGGCCACCCUCCAUUCGUCCAGUGACGCCGGGUGGUGUCAGUCCGGGCCACAUCAGACCGACGCACCCUCUCGCACAAACCCCCAUGACACCCGGAUCGGACGGACGCAGACCAUCCGGGUCAUUGUACUCGUACGACUCAUACAUGUCUGGAUCCCCUUCGCGGCGCGACCGGAGAUCGCACGGAUUCCGAGAUGCCGUGGCUGCAGGGGGAACGGUGUUCGCCAUUCGACAACUAUUCAAAAAUCGCAGACAACGCAAAGAGGAUAUUCGCGCCGAACAGCUGAGGAGGGAGAGGAUCGAGGAUGAGCGAAGGGCGCGCAUGGACCCGGGUCAUCGGUACACGGGCGACGGAGUGGCUCCCCCCCGACGCAUGCGCCACGGUAGGAUGGGCAGUCAGACCGCGUCAGACCUGUCUACCGAUCUGGGACCGCCAGGAAUGAGCGGAGCCAUCCCGGUCGCGGCAGGAGCAGGUGUCGGUGCCGCCGCAGCCAGUGCUCUGGCCGACCGGGAUCGAAUCCGACCCGUCGGCCAGGAUCCUCCCAUCGUUCCGCCAGGGCCGCCGUCUGCGGCUUAUCCCAUCCCCCCUCCAGGCCCCGCAGAUAUCCCUCCGGUACCUCCACCUCACCUAGACUCGUCAGGCAGCGAACUCUACACCACGGGAUCCGGCAGGCAACGGCAUCGACAUCAUCUCGGCGACGAGGCGGCCGCUGGACUGGCUGGGGCAGCCCUCGGAGCGGCAGCGGCGGAGGACUCCCGCCGUCGACGUCGCAACCAUGCGGCUGACAGCGUGGAUUCCCCUCCUGUCAGCGUGAAAAUCAACAUGCACAACGACGGCCGCCAGGUGACGCUGCGGCGGUUGACGGAAGAAGAAGUGGCCGCACAACGGGAAGCACGGAGAAGAGAACGUCACGCGUCCGCGGCAACGAGACGAUCACGGCGAGGCUCGAGUUUCAGUGGGAGCGACAGUGAGGCGAUGGGGGCCACGAGUGCCGAUCGACGAUGGAGACGCACCGAAGCGCUGGAGGCCGAGCAGGCGGCGCAGAAUGAAGCGACGGCUCACGCUGCUGCUGCGGCUGCCACCACGCCACACUCGGCUGCGGCCAGGACUCCCCAGCCGCCUGCGUCUGUUGCUGGGUUUUCUCCCCCUCCCGCGGUCCCUUACCCUACUCCGCCUGAACCGCCGGGCGUGCAACCAGGCUAUGGUCAAGCAUAUCAAGUGCCUCUUCCGCCUCCGCCGCCGAUCCCGGGGUCAGCAAGCAACCUCGGGUACCCGGCAGGGAGUGGCGUGACUUCUCCUGGUACGGAGACGAGUGGAGCGACCGAGUAUGCCAACAACCGGAGAAGAAGGCGGGCCGAACGGGCACAGGCGAAGUUGGCCCGCGAGGGGAGGACCGGAGGGACGGUCGAAUUUACCUGA